CCCAGCCGAGCCCAGCCGAGCGGCGGGAGCGGAGGCGCGGCCGCGGGGCCGCCGCCACCAGGGAGGAUCCGCCGGGGCUGCUCCAAGAUGCACAGAACCACCCGCAUCAAGAUCACGGAGCUCAACCCCCACCUGAUGUGCGCCCUCUGCGGCGGCUACUUCAUCGACGCCACCACCAUCGUGGAGUGCCUGCACUCCUUCUGCAAAACCUGCAUCGUUCGCUACCUGGAGACCAACAAGUACUGCCCCAUGUGCGACGUGCAGGUGCACAAAACCCGGCCCCUGCUCAGCAUCAGGUCGGACAAAACCCUCCAGGACAUCGUGUACAAACUGGUCCCGGGGCUUUUCAAAGAUGAGAUGAAGAGGAGGCGCGACUUCUACGCUGCGUACCCGGUGGCCGAGGUCCCCCUGGGCUCGCAGGAGGAGCGUGGUGAGGUGGCCGAGCGGGAGCAGGGCGCGGUGCCCGAGGACGAGAUCGUCAGUCUGUCCAUCGAGUUCCACCGGGACCCCAGCGAGGAGCAGAAAGGCGCCGAGGAGAACGGGGACCUGGACAAGGACAAGGCCCCGCCGUGCCCCCCGGGCCCCGCGCUGCGGUUCCUGCGCUGCCCGGCCGCCAUGACCGUGCUGCACCUGGCCAAGUUCCUGCGCAACAAAAUGGACGUGCCCAGCAAGUACCGGGUGGAGGUGCUGUACGAGAAUGAGCCCCUGAAGGAAUAUUACACCCUGAUGGACAUCGCCUACAUCUACCCCUGGAGGAGGACCGGUCCCCUGGCUCUCAAGUACCGCGUCCAGCCCGCCUGCAAGCGGCUCCGGCUGUGCCCGGCGCUGCCCUCCGAGGGCACCAACACCAGCGGCGCCUCCGAGUGCGAGUCCGGCAGCGGACAAAGCGCAGAGCCCCGGGCUGGCAUCAACCCCCGGGCUGGCAUCAACCCCCGGGCUGGCAUCGCCCCCCGGGCUGGCAUCGCCCCCCGCCCUGCCCAGCCCCGGUCAUGCCCCUCCCGGGUUCCGCACUCACCGGUUCUGCCUCGAACUGUCACCGCUGCCACCCAAUUGUCACCCCCUGCCACCCAGUUGUCACCCGAUGCCCCCCAAUUGUCACCCCGCUGCCACCCGCCCGCGGCCGCAAAACCGCCCUGAACGGCAGCGCGGGCUCGGCCCUGAGCUAAAAACCUCCGGGGGAUGCUGGAAACCCUCCUGGGACUCUGAAAAAAUCAUCCUGGGACUCUGAAAAAUCAUCCUGGGACUCAGAAAAAAUCAUCCUGGGACUCCAAAAAAUCAUGCUGGGACUCCAAAAAAUCAUCUGGGACUCUGAAAAAGUCAUCCUGGGACUCAGAAAAAUCGUCCUGGGACUGAAAAAUUAUCCUAGGACUCAGAAAAAAUCAUCCUGGGACUCAGAAAAAUCAUCCUGGGACUUUGAAAACCCUCCUGGGAGUCAAAAAAAUCAUCCUGGGACUCUGAAAAAUCAUCCUGGGACCCUGAAAAACCCUGCAGGGGCUGCUAAAAAUCCUCCUGGGAUUGCUAAAAAUCCUUCUGGAACUCCUGCAGACCCUCCAAGGAUCCUAAAGACUCACGAGGGGUUCCUAAAAAAUCCUUCAGGGAUCUUAAGGAUCCUCCAGGGGUUGCUAAAAGAUCCUUCAGAGAUUCCUGAAAUUCCUCCUGGGAUCCUGCAGACCCUCCAGGGAUUCCCAAAACCCCUCCAGGGAUUCCUGGGACGGGGAUUCCCACGGAGAUGUUCCUUGCAGAGCUCUGUAAAUAUCUUUGUGUACAUAGGGAGACAGAGAGCAGAGUUCUACGGACUUAUUUUCUAAUUUAAAAACGCAAAGAAGACACAGAAAUGGCGGUGGAUAUUUUUAAAUGUGUUUUUUGUUCGUU